AUGCUGGCUUUUACAUUAACCGAAGUCAUGGAUAAUUCUGUCAAAUUAUUAUCUCUUCAAGGUAUCUACCUCAUGUAUUUAUACGUCGGAAGCAUAGCCGUUAUUAUUUGCAUAUAUAUUUGGGUGCUUAUCGAUAGUUGUUCGUCGAUAAAUAACGAUUCGACAACGGGACUCGUACCUAGAACGAUAACCACAGGAGUGAUACACGAUAAAGAAACGGAUGUACAAAAUUUAUCAUCGUUAACGAAAUUUGGAUCGUUGAAAAAAGCACACAUAUCGAGAGAUAGAACUUCAAAUACAAGCUUUUACUUAAGGAUCGGUGCAAUCGUUUUCGGUUUGGGUACUUUGGUGUUUAAUGGUUUAGAAAUGGCCAUGCAUUCAAUGAUGGAAGGUUCAUGCUUGAAUGACGUCGUUUUCGUUCAUCCGAUUCUUCACGGAUUGUUUACAUUUUUACAAAUGCAUUUUUUAUUUGUCAAUUCUCAGGUUUUAGUUGAAAAAUUCGGUUUAGCUGCAAGAUUUGGAUUCAUGCAUUUGGCGGCAACAAAUUUAGCUCUUUGGAUAAGAUUAGUUAUAUGGGAAAGCGGAAACGAAUGGACUCAUUAUGUUUUCUUAUCAAUUAAUGAUAAAAAUUAUGAAAGUGACGUACCUACUCCCUUACAUUUGAGAAGUUUUCCUAAAUUUAUAACGCGAGUAGACAAAGAUUCAUUACCUUAUCAUGUAGUUUCCAAUGAGCACAUAAAUCAAGUUGUUUCUCUUCAUCAAUGUUUAAAUACCAACAGUCUCGGACAAUUAUGGACUUCGUCUAUGCCUUUUCUUUAUCCUUUUAUUAUUCAAUUCAGUAUAAUAGCUGCAGCGGUGACGUACAUCAUGGGUCAAAAUGUUGCCAAAGAUCAUUUAUUUUUUCAAAAACAAAAGAAAAUAGGAAUGACUGAUUCGAAAAGUUGCACACUCGCGACAACAUUGCACGAAAGUUUUAAUACUUGGGGUGUGGAUUGUGGGGGAGCGAGCAAAGGACUCUUUUUAGGCAUCCUCUGCCUCGUUACGGGUGUCGUCGUAAUAAUUAUAUUUUUGGUUGUCAAAGCAAAUGAAGAUUUUCCGGCAGAGACAAUAUUUUGGUUAAUCAACGGCACUUUGAUGGCCAUAUUAAGUAUAACAAUUAUAAUGAACGUGAUCGGACUCAUACAAAUCAGAAAGCUUUCAGUGAUUGGUACAAAAUUACCUUCUUUGGAUAAAAUUUUGUCCGUGUCUUCGAUCUUCGGAGUCCAACUUUAUACAAUAAUGGGAAUCGUAGCGGGAAGCGCAGGUACGGCGUCCGAAGAAACUCUCGAAGAAAUUUCAUCUCCUUUGCAAAAACGACACAGCAUGCUGUUGGCUGUAAGCCUCGUUCAACUCGUCCAAACAAUCAUGCAAAGCUGUUUUAUAGUCGAGGGCAUGCGAAGGACAUCUUUGUCUCGUACUCAAAUUGUAACGAAGCCCGCACGUCAAGUUGUUACGUUUUUAAUGUUCAGCAAUUCCGUUUUGUGGGCAUUCGACACGUUCGUCAUACAAAAUUGGAUGUCGCAAGAACUUCAAAUUCGUUUUUUCGGUAUCCUCGCAUGGGGUGUCAUAUCUAGAAUAAGUUUGCCCUUACUUAUUUUUUACAGAUUUCAUUCUUGCGUGCUCUUAUUGGAAAUAUGGAAAAAAUCUUAUCAUUCUAUACACGUAGAUCCGGGAAACUGA